AUUACUCAAAGACAAAAGACAUUCUUAGAACACUCAGGUACUUCCCCAGGGAAAGGGAAACAUUUAAUAUCAUCCUGACUCAAAUUUAUGACAUCAGAGACUUCAUAAGAAGCAGAUUCUUUUUGGAGCUAGUGUCACAACCCAGGACUCCAGACAAGGAAGAUGAAUUUCCCUUUUUAACCAACACCUCAUUUACAGAAUGACCUGCCUAAACCUUUUCUUCCUGUUUCCAGGCAUUCUGUCACUCUUCAGAAAACGAAAUGUAAUUUUUCUUUCUGAUCUCUACCAGAUUACAAUUUCAAAAUUCAUUAGCCCAAGCAAUUCAGUAGGGAUGCUGGUGGGAACAGCCGCCGCACAUAGGUCCCCUGACUCUUGAAACAUCAAAAACUGGGGCUGGUGACGAUGAUUUGCCCGGCUGGUAGGGGAGGCUGCAGUGUUUUCUGAGUACCUGUAUUUUUCCAGGCUGUUUUCUGAUCUCUUUCCAAAGACCUUUUCCCUAGUUCAGUCAACAACAGCUGCUAAACAGCUCCUCCCCGAGGGAGGAGAAAAGACAUAACUGAUUUACAAGAAUAACUUAACAAUGUUAAAACAAAACAGGACUGGUGCUAGUGUCAGCCUAGGAAAGGUCUGAAGGUGACAGCUGUCGGAGUGACACACUGAAGGCUUUGCACAACCAUGUUUGCCCGUUGCUUGCCUUUGUGGAGAUCCAGUGCUACCUGCAAGCCGUGGCAGUUGGGUCUCUCUCUGCGUCACAGCUGGGAGAGGUGCCAAGCUUGGAGCUGUAGAGGAUUCAACACAACAGCAGAGCAGGGGCAACAGGUCAACAUGCAGCAGAACCAAGUAUUAGAAGAUCUGGAAAUGCCUGUUGCAAGAAGAGAAACUGAGAACCUCUUCCAAGAGCGGCCCGAGACUGGGAACCAAUAUCUGGAAGAUGCUUUGCUUCGGAGUUACCUGAAGGCACACCUUCCUCCCAAGGUCUGACAUACGUUUGUGUUUCUGUGUGUAUACACACUACAGUUCUGGCUAGGUGACUGCUUAAGACUAUGAAUUGAACAUUUCUCAGAGCCCUUUUGUGCCUUCAGUGUGUUUAACUGAGGGGAAUUUACCAGCAUUCUAUAAAACUUGUUUUAUGUGAAUCAGUGCAGGGGUGAAAAAUACUCCCAGGACAUAAACAGAAAUAGAAAGGGCCUAGUGGACUCCUGUGACUGGCUUGGGUGUUGCAAGGAGUGUUGUGAGAUUGUCAGUGUGUGCAUUUGUUACCUGGUCACCCAGCAUAAAAAAAAAAAAAAUCAGAGAAAGGGAAAAAACUGAGGUGCUUCCAAAUUCUGCUGUGCUCUUCCACUUCUCUCUCACUAGGGAAGAGGUUUUUUUAAGGAACUUCCUUGCCAAAAGAAUGAGGCUGUUGUCAGCUGAAUGCAGAAGAGGAUGGAAAGGCCCUUGGGGGUUUGCUUCUUCUCAGCAACAGUCACUGGCUUUUCUGAGCUGAUUUUCAGAGUGACGGCUCUGUGCAGAGCUGCAGGGGUGCAGAGAGGUAGAGCAAGACCCCAAGCUGUGGGUCCGUGUUCUGUGAGCUUCAGGCCUGCAGGAAGCCUGGGGGCUCAUUGCAUCAGCUCUUCUCUGCCCUCACCCCUAGGACUGCAACUGCUUCUCACUCGUCAGGGACCGGAUCUCAUGGAGCUGAGCGUGACCUCUCGCUGUGAGUCAUUCCAGCAGAAGCAGUACCUGUAAAGCCAUGGGAGUAACGGAGGCAGAUCCUGGCUGUCAGUGAUGUUCUUGGUCUCCACGUCUGUGAGGUCUUGCAGUCUUGGGGUGGUAGGAGUGUGAUGGCAGCACUGGGAGCUUGCUUUUGUCACGGCCGUCGCAGGAGACAGGAAUGAGGCCUCCCUACGCACCACUGUGGCCUGCUUGCUAAAAGAGAAGGUGAGGGAAAGGACAAUACCUUUGGGCAACCAUGAAGAUCUUGCUCCUAAUCUGCACCUUUGCAAGAAGCACGAUUCAGAUCUUCUGAAGAAUUAAAAAGGUCAGAGCUGCUCUCCACUCGUUCCCCAAAGAGACACAGUGGCUGCAAAAUCUACCAGAAAAUCAUCAGAAUCUCCCUUAACGUUUCUGCGCAUAGUCCCAGCGGGGCAGUGUUGCCUCACUGCUAAAAGGGAGAGCCCAGUCUCUGCUCUCUGCCUGAAGCAGCACCAGCUUGUCCACAGCCUGAGAGGCUGCUCUCCAUACGAACGCCCUCCUGUCCAGGGGAGCAGCAGCAGCUGCAGCUCUGUGUGGUGCGCUGAAGCAGACACCACAGUGGAGGUUGAUUUGUUGAUGAGGUUGUACUAUUCACCUAUGUUCAGCAGUGAACACAAAAAUUUCCCUGGAAUGGAGCAAAGGCUUUCUUUGUUUGAAGGUACUGGAGGAGGUGAGUCAGGACCUGGAGAGGUUUGGAAACCGUCUGCUAACCGAGGUCAAACCUCUGGGAUGGGAAUGCGAGUUGAAUCCCCCUGUGUUUCGGCAGUACGAUGCCUGGGGGCAGCGGGUGGAUCACAUCAUCACCUGCUCGGCCUGGAAGAGGAUGAAAGAGAUUUCAGCAGAAGAGGGGCUGAUUGCUGAGGCGUAUGAGAGAAGAUAUUCCAACUGGAGCCGUGUGCACCAGGCUGUCAAACUGUACUUGUUUUCAACCACCUCUGGAGGUUUCAACUGUCCGCUGGCCAUGACUGAUGGAGCAGCCAAAGUCAUUGAGUCACUAGGUAUUCCUGCAUCCCUGAAAAAUGCUUUUGACCAUCUGACAUCCCGUGACCCCAAGAAGUUCUGGACCUCUGGCCAGUGGAUGACCGAGCGCAGGGGAGGCUCUGACGUUGCUAAUGGCACGGAAACAGUGGCCAGAAAGCAGCCAGAUGGCACAUAUCGUCUGUAUGGUUUUAAAUGGUUUACAUCAGCUGCUGAUUCUGAUGUGACAUUAACCCUGGCCAGGAUAGCAGAUGCUGAAGGACAUGUAAAACAGGGUUCCAGUGGCCUGUCGCUGUUCUUCCUGAAGGUUCGAGAUGAAGACAAGAAGCUGAACAAUAUCCGAGUGCAAAGGCUGAAAGACAAGUUGGGCACACGGCAGAUGGCAACAGCAGAGCUAUGGCUGGAUGGAGCUGAAGCAGAGCUGAUCUCUGCAGAAGGUCGUGGAGUGGCCUCCAUCUCCAACAUGCUGAACAUAUCUCGGAUCCACAACAUCAUUGGUGCAGUAGCUUCCAUGAGAAGGAUGAUCAGUCUGAGCAGGGAGUACGCCCUUAAGCGGGUUGUCUUUGGGAAGCUCCUCAAAGACCAUCCCCUACACAUGCAGACAAUAGCCCGGCUGGAGGUGCAGACACGAGGGGCUUUUCUUCUGCUCAUGGAGAUCGCUCGGCUGCUUGGACUUGCAGAAACCAACAUGGCGAGUGAGCAAGACCAGCUUCUCUUGAGACUGCUUGUACCCAUCGCCAAACUAUACACUGGGAAGCAGGCUUCUGCCACUGUUAUUGAGGCAAUGGAGUGUUUCGGAGGACAAGGUUACAUGGAGGAUACAGGCUUGCCGGUCAUAGUUCGUGAUACUCUGGUGCUGUCUAUAUGGGAGGGAACAACAAAUAUCCUGUCACUUGACGUCCUGAGAUCCCUCACCAAGAGUCAAGGACGGGCGAUAGCUGUGUUCUUCUCCACAGUGCAGAAAAAAAUUGAGCUGGCUUCGAGCACUGCAAAACUGGAACCCGCUGUGAGGCAAAUGCGGGAUGCCAUCAGCCGUCUCACCCAGUUCAUUCAAGGAGCUGGUGCAAAGGAGGCAGUGACCAUGGAGUUGGCUGCAAGAGACUUCUCUUACUCCCUAGCAAGGAUCUAUGCAGGUAGUGGGAAAGACAGAAAUGAUCAAUUUCAGACCGGGAAAGGGCUAGGAAUCAGUCCUAGAGUGUCAUGGCUUCACACACUCAGAGGAGCUCUUUUAAUUGAACAUGCAUCUCGGUCUGACGCUUCCGCUGCAGAUGUCUCCGCUGCUCGAAGGUGGUGCAACCAGGAACUGUGCCCUGUGGCCACAGAGUUCAAGAACAGCAGCUACGACGCUGAGGAAUCGGUCAUGGACAGCUCUCUGGUGUACGGCAGCCCCCCCAGCACCAGCAGGCUGUGACUCAGCACAGGUAAGUGGAAAGCCAUGCCAGCCUUGCCAGUGCAAAGUGCAGGACGGCGGUGGCAUUCGGUGCAGGCUGAAAUGGCCAUGGUAAACUGAUGGAUACAGACACUUCCAUCUUCAGGGUGGCAGCGGCUGGGUCUACACCUGAGUGUCUGAUCCAGGGGUGCAGCUUUGAAAGAAACUCCUGUAGUGCCCCCGCUUGCCGCACUUUGGCUGGGUUUGCCAAGUUGUUUUACCGCACGCAAACUGUAUUCCUUCGGGAAGGAAGGAAGUUGAAAGCUCUGCUCUGGCACUGAGCACACUCCAACCCCCAGCUGAAACAGCAGGUUGGCUGCGAUCCCAAAGCAGACACCUCAGACAGCCACAAAUUACAGGUAUGGUGAAGAUAUUCCACCCAGGGGCCAGACCAAAUCCUUCUGAACUAAACCCACAACUGCACCCAUUGCUCCAGGCUGAAAUCCACUGCUUUUGCACUGAAUUACUUGCUAAUGCAGACACAACCAGUGAAAUUCAGUUGGAGAUGCUGAAAUGUUCUUACCGUGUUUUAGACAAAUACUGAGUGAUCAAAUCAAAUCAUUAUCAAAUGCAGAUAAUGCCUUGAAGCAGCAGCUCUUCAAGUACUAACUGGUAUUCUUUUUAAAGACAAGCAACCAAGAUCAAAGUGAAAAAUAUUUGAAGCUGAUUAAAUACAGAAAGCCACCAUUUUUUCUUGUUCACCAUCUUGCUUUCCAAUACUGCACGUGCUCUUCCACCCCGGCACCUGCCAGGGGUGGUGUUUCUGCCAGGGCAGCCUCUGCUGCCCACACUGGUGGUGCAGAAGUGGCUCCAUGUGCAGCAGAUGGUAUCUCCCGUCAUACAAACAACUUCAAUGGGAAGCGUUGCACUGGGCUCAGGACUUCCCAACUCGGUGGCUGAACUCGGCAACUUGUUUGAGGAAACAGCCUUUGUAACCUGAAGUUUCCAUUUUCCUAAUCUCACCUCGCUAAGGCUAUUGUUAAGAGAGCUGGUCAUUGAUUAGUCUAGCUUGUGCUUUGAUUUUUCCUUUUACAUUGUACUUUGCCCCAAACAAGCUUUGCUUUACUUUAAAAUAACCUGAUGUAGAGGCUUUACCUUCAUGUGUAAUGUUGGGCACCUCAUUCCUGCUAACUCAGCUCCACUGUCAGCCAUGAUGGGCAAGAAAGACGUUCUUGCUCUGUUGCAUUUCAAACACAAUACGGUAAUUUGGUGUUUGCAGCUUCAUAAGCGGUCAGCAUCAACAUCAACGCUGCUGUGCAAAACCGCUCUACAAACAUCCUGGGGAGGAGAUCAUUUCAAUUACAUCAUUUAAAUUAUAUCAACAGUGUACAAGUUGGUACCAAAAUUAAAGUAAAAAACACUUUUGACCUCUAGAAAGCUUAUUCAUUUCCUAUGUGUAUGUCAUAAUGAUGCUGCAAUUUACUGACAUAAAUUCUGACGUAAGUUUUAGACUGAAAUCCAGUAAUGCUCCACCAAAGCAAACAUCUGGAUAUAUUGACUGCAUGCUUCUCUUCACACUCAGCACGUCUGUCUGCCUGUGUGGUAUUACCCUGAUGACUAAAAGUUUAAUCAGAAAGUUGAUAAUAACAGAAGAGAAACAAUAGAGCGAAGACAAUAGGAAUACAUAGCUGCAAAGUGCCACCAGCAGCCAGGGUAUUGAGUGGGAAGAGAGCGGAAGGGAGCUGAUUGCUGAGCACAAGUUACCAACGCUUUACAGAGGCCAAAGCUCAGAGAUGCAGAGGACCCAAGGCCACCUCUGGGGAGGAGGAGCACGGGCAGAGCGGUGCCGGGGAGCAGUCGCAGGGCAGAGGGCUGUGGGGGAUGGGGAAGGAGCGCCCGGGGGCUCCGUCUGUCCCCGCGCGGGGCCAAGCACAGCACUGAGCCAUGGGAGCUUCCCUCGAGUCACACAGGUGACAGCCAGACCAGCACCAAAGGGCUUCUCACUAUGUCGCUCCUCCGCAUCUGCUUUGUGUGCACCUAGGUGAAUAAAUAAUAGUUGGGCUGGGAAAACGUCCUCCAUUACCGCAGUUGUUUGGUGUCGAAGAAGGAAGUCUUGCUUGUGCUAUGUAAGAACUAGAAUGGGAAGGUGAGAGAACAACACAUGGCUCUAAGCUGCAUGAGGGCCUCAGAUGCAUGCAGGGAGGGCAGAAAAGUCUGAGAACGUGAUGAGUUAGCACAAAAUAAUACAACAGACAAAAGCCGUCACGUUUAACCAGCGCUAGAAUCGCUCACGGAGCUGCUGGAAAAUCAUCGGGAUCCUCCCUUCUCCCUAAGGGCUCGUCCCCACAGUACUGGGCCUGGGCAGGCAGUGACGUCUUCCGUGCUUGCUGCCAGUCUGGGAUUUCACAUCCACCUCUUCCUAUGGAUUUCAGGUAUUUAUCUGAACACUGGAAAUUACUUUUUCCUAAUAUGUGAGCUAUAACUUGCCUAAAAAUAAACCCCACAAAGUGGGAGCCCUGCAAGUGCGCCAGUACAGAAAACACAAGGGACUGUAAAAUUGCCACCGUGUAGGAAAUGACAAAUUUAUUAAGAUCUAAAUAUUCACUCUGAGGCUACAGCAGAAUAAAUGCUGUUACAAACAAAUAAGCACUAGGGUCUAACACUUUAUGCUGCUGCUAAACAGCUCUCUGCUCUCAUAGGAUUGCCUGUUUUAAAACAUUUAAUGUUCUUGAAGUUAUUAAUCAAGACUUCAGAUGUGAUUUUAAUACAAAUUCCACCAAAAAAAAUGACAAUCAAAUGCAUCACCUGUUGCCACUGCAAGGUAAAAAUCAUUUCAUAACAACGCUGGGAAAUCAGUUUUAAAAAUGUUUGUUAAAUAGUAAGAUAAAACUUUAGCAGCAUUUAAAAAAAUUUGAAAGUUGAAGAGUACGGUAAUCUUCGAUCCCGAAAUGCUACAAUCUGAGCUCCAAUGCCUGCGUUUUGAGUGUAAAAUGAAGAGAUGGGAAUCUGUUGUCCCUCUGCCCAAGAAAUGGCAUUUCUUUAUGGUGUGGGGUCAGCAAGAGAGAUAAAGGUUUGUACAGAGGUGGCUCUAUUGAAAGGCUCCAUUUCUGUUUCUGCAUCCUGCUCUAAUGCUGGUGGAUUCCCUGUUUAACAAAGAAGCGAGUUGAAUUGUAAUAAUAAUAAAAAUAAUUAAAAAUAUUGCAAACCAGAAACUUCACACGCCCUGGCUUCAGCAGUCUGUCUGGCUGUAGGGGUAUGGGACGGCCCGUGGGAGCAUCGCCCGCGUGUCCUUUAGAGAAAAACCCACCAGCAGGAGCAACCGCGGCUCCUCACAGAGAACGCACCCGUCUGCGGGCGCUGCACGAGCGGGAGCUGCGUUUGCUCACGUUCCUUGUUCGACUCGGAGCCUAAAUCGCUGGUUUUGCUUUUUAAGCACAAAAGGUAACUCCAUGUAACUCUCUAGCAAUUCCCAAGCGAUGCCAAGCCACGGAACCUGGCUGAGGGCUGCUCUGAAGCUGCUGUAAAACCUGAUCGGGCCCCUGCAUGUGAGCGAGCCCAGAGCACCGGCCUCCGCUUGGCAGCAUCUGAGCCACUUCUCUGUGUCUCCUUCCAGCACAGCCCAGCUUGACGCCGUCUCGUAACCGCCUCUGGACCCUGUUUCCUCAAUUCCUUGUGCUGAGUAAUUCCGGACCUACUAGAGGGACAAUUAUAGAACAACCACAAAUAUCCGGACACCCCGUAUCUCUUACACGACCUCAGCAUCAGCUCAGCGUUCCUGCAUGCGGCUGUUCCCUUUGCAGCCUCAGUUCAAAGCCUCUCCUGGCCUGGACCCCAUCCCGCCACGGCAGCCCCUCCUGCGCAGUGCGUGCUUCUCCACAGCCUCUUCCCCUUCACCCCCAGAGGAAGAGCCUUUGGCUUUUCAUCCCCUGUGCUGCUGCUACCUCGCCCUCCCGUACAAUGAAGUUGCGCCCAGCCUGCAGCAUCGCUGCUGCCCACCCCGUCCUGCUCCCACCGGGAGAUGCUGGGCUCGCUGCUGUCCUGCCUGGGGCCGGGGGGCGUUCAAAGAGAUGGGCUUUUCCCUCACCCCGAUCACAUACGCUGCUCACAGGGCCUGUGCACGAGGGGGUCGUUUUAAGAAAAUCACAGCAUGCCAGCCAGCACCGAAGCUGCGCGCUGUGACAGCAGCUCUGCUCUCCCUUUGGGCUUUUGGGCUUUUUAAGAGCUGUAACGAAAGAAAAGAGGAAAGGGCGUUCGUUAGGAAGAAUCGCUCACUGGAAGCGCCACUUGGGUGCUCCCCUAGCAGAGCUGCCAGGCCGGUGAUGCUUCUGGCUUCACUACGUGGAAGGUAAAAGUCCUCUGACUCCCUCCAACUCCCGCGCAGGACUCACGGGGUUUGCUCCGCGUUUCCGUAACGGGGAACAUCCAAGAAGCGCCGUGUCCAGGGCUGAGUGGUGGCACGCACACAGCCUGCAGCCGCUGUGCUAGAGGAGUGAGUUACUGAAAAAGCACUCAGAAGGAACUCAAGUAUGAAAGGAGCUAUAUGAAAUCAAAUUCUGGUGGGUAACUGAAAACCUGCUGUUCCUUUGCAUGUUCUUAAUAGUGCAAAACAUUGUAUGUACCUUUUUUUCUUUUAAUUCUUGAAGCUGAAAAUACUACCACCAGCUGUGAUCACAGCUCUGCCCAGAAUCUGCAGUUUUGAUUAAAUAAACACCUUCAGAUUAUAAAGCAAUUGUGCACAACACCUUGUGACUAGAACAGGCCUGCCCCAAAAGAACUCACAGUUGCUCAAGAAGCUCUUCAAUCUCCCUGAGAAUUCAGGACAAAUCCCCUCCCUCGACCUAAAAUAUGUAAGAAGUGAUGAGGAUGAGCUCAUGUGAUGGAAGUGCCUGCAGCCACGCUGCUGAAACAACCGAACAGCCCUAGGAAAACGAGAACCUUUGUGCAAGAGACUUUUGCAGUUAGGUUUUUCACCUUCUGGGAAAAGAUUAAGAGAUGUUAAACCUGAGUGAGUUUGGUUUGUUCCCCAAGAGCUACAGCUCCACCAGCCAGCAUCGCAAAUAAGGCAGAAAGUGUGCAAACGAGAAUGAAGCUCUGCUCCCCCCCGUGCUGCCACUGCAGCGAGUGCUGCUGCUUGCUCACCGCAGAGGGGAAGGGAAAGGGAAAGGGAAAGGGAAAGGGAAAGGGAAAGGGAAAGGGAAAGGGAAAGGGAAAGGGAAAGGGAAAGGGAAA